AUGACAGAGGCAGAUAUUAUGCAAAUGAUGAACAUGCUAAAGUCUAGGAUUAGCACUUUACAGAUAUUUGGUCUUCUAGCUAGUCAAGCAGGCGGGUAUGAAUUUGUCGGCUAUGAUCCCAGAGAUAUGUACAAUGAGAUUUCUCGGCAAAGCGUCAACCAACUAGACUACCAACUCUUUGGAGAUGUCAUUGCUUUUGAUGCUACGUACAAGAAGAACAAGUAUAGUUGUCCAUUAGUCAUAUUCAGUGGGCUCAUGUUUGCCAUGAAGGGUAAGACCCUGACCUUAAUAAUAACUGAUGGGGCCAUGGCGAUUAGGAAUGCAGUAAGAGAUGUAUUUCCCGAAGUCAGACAUAGAUUAUACGCUUGGCACCUUAUUCGAAAUGCGACUAGCAAUGUUGGAAAUCCAGCGUUUACAUAUAAAUUCAGGAAAAUUAUGUUGGGAGACUACGAGAUUCCCGUGUUUAAGCGUAAGUGGGUUCAACUUAUUGAAGAAUUUGGCCUUGAGGAUAAGCCAUGGGUGAACAACAUGUAUGAAGAGAAGCAUAUGUGGGCUACUGCAUAUAUAAGAGGUAAGUUUUUUGCUGGCUUUAGAACUACCUCAAGAUGUCAAGUUUUACACUCAGUUGUGGCAAGGUAUGUGGGGUCGCAGUAUGAUUUGAUAAGUUUUGUAGAGCAUUUUCAAAGGUGUGUUUCACACUUGCGCUUUAAAGAAUUUAAUGCUGAUUAUGAAUCUACACAUGCGGUGCCCGUCAUGCAGACUUGUAUAGAGCUGCUAGAGCGAUUUGCUGCUGAGGUUUACACUCAUGAGAUAUUUCUAUUGAUUUGGUCAUUUCUUUCUAGAGCUGGAUCAAUGCGGGUGCUAAACAUAGAGAAUAACAACGAUUGCUCAAAGUACAUUGUGUGUAAGCAUGGGAGGCCCGAUUUUCUGUGGACCAUUGAAUUUCAUCAAGAAGAAAUGAUCUUCAUGUGUUCUUGUUUAAGAAUGGAGUUAUUUGGAAUUCCUUGUGAACAUAUUGUGAAAGUUCUGGUUGACAGACACAUUUGUGAGAUUCCCCCAUCAUUAGUGUUGGAUAGAUGGACAAAGAAGGUGAAAUCAGCACUCAAUGAUGCAAGUGGGUUCACCAGGGUGCUUUGA